AGGAUGAUUUUUUUAAAGUGGGUCCUGUUUACAUGUGUAACAGGUGAGGUAUUUAAUUCUCGGCCUUUUAAAUUUUACUUCCGCUCAAGAACAGUCGCACUGAGUUUUAUUGUGUUUUGUCGCACGCCUUACACCAAUGAAUAUACGUGAUUCCGGUCUUCUCUCUGCAGUAUUGUUUGUUGUUGAUCUCCUUAAAUCGUAUACAACCUCAAUGGAGCACAAGAUGACCUGAAACACACCCACUGUCCUUACUCAACGGUGAUGGAUACUACGACUGAUACUGAUCCUACAAGUGGUGGAGUGAUUGGUGUAGCGGUGUCCGCUUUUGUUGUUUUUGUUGUAAUGGUCAUUAUUAUGCUUUGUUGCUCCUGCAACCGAGGAAUGUUGAGAUCAUAUGCGUACAGUGUAGGUAUAUUGCGCCACAACCCACGGACCCAGCAGACGACUGCCACAUCAGAUGAUACAACCUCAAGAAUUACCUACCCUGCUCAACCCCAUCCACAGGAUGGGACAUGCGAUGAUGCGUUUCAGUAUGGAGUGGGAGAUUCGGAAAACCAGAAAUAUGAACACUCAAGUGGGCCAUCAUACGACGUACCAGCCCCAUCGUAUGAAUCGAUCUUUGGUCCAAAUGAAGUUAUUAUUCCUUCAUGUCCGCCAGAAGAAAUUUCGAACAGGACAGUCCCUUCAUCAUAUAAGACGUGAUAAAACAAUUAAAAAUCUAUGAGAAAAA